CAGAUCAAGCCUCGCUCCGACCUUCGUUGUCUUUCUCCUGUCUCUUCUUCUUUUUCCUCCUAUUGUCUCAGAUCCCUCGAUUCCCUUACUCCGAUCUCUUCCUUCGCUCCGGCGAGGGGUCUCCUACGCCGAUCCCUCCCCGUUCUCAAUCGCAAGCGCACGAGAUCCGGCGCGAGAUCCCACGCUGGAUUUAGCCAUGAAUCCCUUCUCCUCGGGAACUCGGUUAAGGGAUAUGAUUCGAGCUAUACGUGCAUGCAAAACUGCUGCAGAAGAGCGUGCGGUUGUAAGAAAAGAAUGUGCUGCUAUACGUGCCGCAAUUAGUGAAAAUGAUCAAGAUUAUAGGCAUCGUAAUCUUGCAAAACUCAUGUUUAUUCACAUGCUUGGCUAUCCCACUCAUUUUGGUCAAAUGGAAUGCCUUAAGUUAAUAGCUUCUGCUGGGUUUCCUGAAAAAAGAAUUGGCUAUCUGGGCCUCAUGCUGCUUCUUGAUGAAAGACAAGAAGUUCUUAUGCUGGUUACAAAUUCCCUGAAACAAGAUCUAAAUCACUCAAACCAGUAUAUUGUGGGUCUUGCUCUUUGUGCUCUUGGAAAUAUAUGUUCUGCUGAGAUGGCACGGGAUCUCGCUCCGGAAGUAGAGAGACUACUGCAUGGGAGAGACCCAAAUAUUAAGAAAAAGGCUGCUUUGUGCUCUAUAAGGAUCAUAAGAAAAGUUCCUGACUUGGCAGAGAACUUUAUGGGACCUGCUGCUUCGCUGCUGAAGGAAAAGCAUCAUGGAGUUCUCAUAGCUGGAGUUCAGCUCUGUACAGAUCUAUGUAAAGCCAACACAGAUGCCUUGGAAUAUUUGAGAAAGAACUGCACAGAAGGAUUGGUUCGUAUCUUGAAAGAUGUUUCAAAUAGUCCGUAUGCUCCUGAGUAUGACAUUGCUGGUAUCACAGACCCUUUCUUGCACAUCCGAGUGCUUAGGCUGAUGCGCAUGUUGGGCCAAGAGGAUGCAGACUCUAGUGAAUAUAUGAAUGACAUUCUUGCACAGGUUGCGACGAAAACUGAGUCAAACAAAAAUGUUGGGAAUGCUAUUCUUUAUGAGUGUGUUGAGACUAUAAUGGGGAUAGAAGCUACCAGUGGCCUACGUGUUCUAGCUAUCAAUAUUUUGGGAAGAUUCCUGUCAAAUCGUGAUAACAAUAUCAGAUAUGUUGCACUGAACAUGCUCAUGAAGGCCAUUACAGUAGAUGCUCAAGCGGUGCAGAGGCACAGGACAACGAUAUUAGAAUGUGUCAAGGAUUCUGAUGCCUCAAUACGGAAAAGGGCUCUGGAGCUUGUUUUCCUGUUAGUCAAUGACGGCAACGUGAAGCCUUUGGCUAAAGAACUUAUUGACUAUCUAGAAGUAAGUGAUCAAGAAUUCAAGGGGGAUUUAACUGCCAAAAUUUGUUCAAUUGUUGAAAAGUUUUCUCAGGAGAAGCUGUGGUACAUUGAUCAAAUGUUCAAGGUCUUAUCUCUGGCUGGGAAUUACGUAAAAGAUGAUGUGUGGCAUGCCCUUAUAGUUGUGAUAAGCAAUGCACCCGAUCUUCAAGGUUACUCUGUUAGGUCCUUGUAUAGGGCAUUGCAAACAUCAUACGAGCAGGAAAGUUUAGUACGAGUUGCUGUGUGGUGCAUCGGGGAGUAUGGCGAGAUGCUGGUCAAUAAUGUUGGAGUUCUUGAAGUGGAGGAACCUAUGACAGUAACAGAAUCUGAUGCUGUGGAUGCCGUAGAGGUUGCCUUAAAACGUCAUUCUUCAGACAUGACUACUCGAGCUAUGUCUCUGAUUGCUCUUUUGAAGCUCUCUUCACGAUUUACACCCACCUCAGAGAGGAUAAAAGAAAUAGUUACACAGCAUAAAGGGAGUGUCGCACUAGAAUUGCAGCAAAGAUCAAUUGAAUUCAACUCUAUUAUCCAGAGGCACCAAAAUAUCAAAUCUUCUUUGGUGGAACGAAUGCCUGUCUUGGAUGAGGCAGCUUAUUUAGGAAAGAGAGCAGGUUCUUCUCAACCAACGCUUUCAGCUGAAAAAUCUAGCAAACCGACCACUUCUGCUGCAUCACUUAAGCUUCCAAAUGGCGUAGCUAAGCCACCAGCUGCUCCUCUUGUGGAUUUGCUUGAUUUAAGUUCUGAUGAUGCACCAGUUCUGCCUUCAGCCCCUAAUGAUUUUCUAAAUGAUCUAUUGGGAAUUGGCCUACCAAAUUCAUCAUCAUCAGGUGCAGCGCCAUCAACAACUACAGAUUUACUCAUGGAUCUUCUAUCGAUUGGAACAUCUCCUGCACAAAACGGUCCAUCAGAUUCUAAUGUUGUUCCUUCAAGCGCGAAAGCAGCAGAAAGUAAACCUGCUCCUGUUACUGCUCCAGUGAUGGACUUAUUAGAUGGCUUGCCAUCAAAUGCAUCUCCUCCCAGAGAUGAGAAUUUGGUUUAUCCAACUAUUACGGCUUUCGAGAGCAGCACCUUGAAGAUAGCAUUCAGCUUCGAGAAACAACCUGAGAAACCACAAGUGACAUUGAUCAGUGCUACAUUUACAAAUCUGUCAUCAAGUACUUUGACAAAUUUCAUUUUUCAGGCUGCUGUGCCCAAGUUUGUCCAGUUGCAUCUGGAUCCAGCUAGCAGCAGCACACUCCCAGCCAACGGAAAUGGGACAAUUACACAAAGCCUUCGUGUUACUAAUACCCAACAUGGGCAGAAACCCCUUGCUAUGAGAGUAAGGAUGGCUUACAAAUUUAAUGAUGAGGACAAGUUGGAGCAAGGACAGAUCAGCAACUUCCCUCCCGGAUUAUAGUGUUAUUUGCAGCUUGUGAGACUUACUUAGUGCGAGUUUAUGGCUGGAGAGCGGCACAGUUGUUCUCUCUUCAAUUUUCACCCACUUUUUGGUGUCACUUCGACACCCUGGGUAUUUUUCGUCGUUCAUUAUCCCUCUAUAUGUAUACUAGUCAGCAUUGUUGCGGAAUCUACUUUUACAGAAUGAAUAUCUGGGUUUAUGUACACCGCGCGUGACCUUUUUCAGGGAUAUGCAAUCAGAAAAGGACGUUUGUCAGUGUGGAACUAGUCUAGAUGAUAAUCGUCUGGAAAUGUUUUGAUAUUCUAUUUAUUCAUAAUUUGUAUUGUGUUUUCCUCGUGUAUUUUUCAGAAUUUCCAAAACAGAGUAAAUAGCUGGUUGGUUAGUAAAUUGAAUUUUACAGCAA